AUGGGAGAGUAUGAAUAUGAUGGAGACCGACUCCUAUUGGGUCCAUUUGGGAUUAUGAUCGGAGAACGCCCCCUACCGGAUUCACUGGGAAUCAUGAUUGGAGAACGCCUCCUACGGGUCCCACUAGCGAUUAUGAUCGGAAGAGGGCUCCUACUUCGACGAGUGAUGCUCCUGGCAGGUGAACGACUCCUACGGGAUUCACAGACGAUCCUGACCGGAGAACGACUCCUAGAACGAGAGUUCAAGGUGUACCUGACUGGAGAACGAGGCUGGGAUCUGGUCGAACGUCGUGGAGAAUAUGAGUGUCUCCUCGAACCAGGGGCCACCAAGAUGGGGGAGAGUUCUCCGCGAGCCCCCCGUGGAGGGAUCGAGAACUCCGUCUACUCCUAUAACGGGGAGAACGGGAGCGACUCCGACGUUCCCAGUUUACUGGAGAGCGGUGAAUCCAAUCUUAUUGGGGAUCUAGAAGAUCCAAUUCUAGCUCUCCGACGGCGAGGAGAAGCUCUGUGGACCGGAGAUCGACUUCGCGAUGCGCAGGAAGAUAUACUCCUUGGGGAUCGGGAGCGACUGCGUCGAAAUCUAGGUACGAUGGGAGAGCGAGAACGCAAACGACUGAGGGGGGACGUUCGACGAUAUUCCCUAUAUCCGUGUUUUUCUGAAUCCGCUAAUGCAUCCUCAGCAGAUGUGACGGAGCUUGCUAACGAGUACGUCGUUCCUAAUCUCUCGAUAAGAGCUCUAGUCUCUGGUGUAGAA